AUGGCGUCUCGAAAAUCGGCCGCUCAGGCGACCCAACUAUAUCAACGAUUUUUACAAAUUUGUGAACAAUGGCCUAUAGAUUCUAGCCGACAAGGCAGAGAUCUUGGUUCUCAUAUCAAAGAGAAUUUAGAAACACGGUUUAGAGAUCGACAAAUUGAGGUUAGGAAAUAAAAUUUAACAUAAUUUAAAAGUUAAUAUUUCGACGAGAGCGGCGGCUGCCGUCGGUUGCAUCCUUACGUGGACACUCGCAGAUAAAAACAUUGUCAUUCUCAUGUGUAAUUUUCAUAUUUUGCAAGAAUGUUUGACAGGCUAUAAUCUUACUGUUUGGGGCUACUGUUAAUCGCUUGUAAGGCCAAAAUAAUCACCAAAUUUGCAAUGUCUGCCACUCAAUCGAGAAUUUCCAAUAGCUAUAUUGAAUGUAAAAAAUUCAAGCUAUAUUGAGAAAUUUUUAAGGAUGAAAUUCCGAUAAUUUGUGCCUUGAGAUGUAAUCAGAUUAGAAGAUUAUAUUAAUCGAUGAUAGAUUUGUGAUCAAUGAUCACAGUUUCAAUCCGUGGUCAUUUAUCAAUAAAAUGUGUUGUGAUAUUGAUGCUAAUUAUCAUUGUACUAUAAAUAUUUUAGGAGAAAGAAGCUUCCAGGAUGCUAGACAGCUUAAUAAAAAUAAGUUCAAAUUAUUACAGGAAUAAGGUAUAUAUCUAGGAUGGUUUGCUAUUUAUAACCACAAUUAAUAAUCAUUGUGUAUUAGUCCAUAUAUACCUUCCUGGUCAUGGCCCCAUUUCUCUGUCUAACCCCGACUCUAAUUCGAUCUAAUGAUAAUCCUUCCACCUACCCAACACAAAGCUCUCAGAAAACAGCCAUCUUUAGCAAAAAACAUAUUUCUAUGAUUUAUAGAGUCUAUAGACUAAUUGUUCUUGGGCCGGUUGUUCAAAGUUGGAUUUAUACUGUUAGCCCUGCCUGGGUUAGAAUUUAACCUGAUAUUUUGCUUUGGGUAUAUCUGCAAAGUCUGUUGAUUUCAAAACUUUAAAAAAUACUACUUCUGUUAUAUUCUACAACAUUUCUGGAAAAAUAUCUCCAUGUUUAUAAAUGGCGUUUUGCUGCUAGAUUCAUAAAAUUAAUACACAUGAGAAUUCUCCUUUCAACAUAGUUCCUCACCUACAUUUUGUAUAUCUGAUAUUAUUCUACAGUAUCCAAGAGUGAGGGAAACAGCAUUCACCCAAGAAGCUCAGAAAUCUGGUGCAUAUAACUAUGUACUAAGCACAGGUACUGCGCUACAGCCAGGUCCUACAGUGAUCACUGCUUCAUUACAUUCUGUAAAAUACAGCAAAUCGCUAGUACACACGUAAAAACGCACAAGUUGUUACAGGUCUGCAAACAAAUUGUUUCAAAUCUGUUUACAAGUUGUGUUCGCACUGCUUGUUCCCAAACAAGUUUGUGUGUAACAAGCUUGAUUUUAUUCAACAAGGUUGUUGCAAGUUGUUAACAGCUUGUUCCAAACUUGUUGACAACUUGAGUGCGAACACAACUUACUUAUUGACGGCUUGUUUGGCAGACUUGCUACAAGAUGUGAGAUUUGUCUGUUGAACUUAACAACCUUGUAGCAAGUUGUCAACAAGCCGUUGGCAAGUUGUCAACAAGCUGGGAACAAGCAGUACGAACGCAUCUUGUUGACAAGUUGUUCGAACAGCAUUGCUACAAGUCUGCUGCAGGUUUGUUACAACUUGUACGUUGUUAAUACGUGUGUAUAUUGUGAAAAAUAAUAAAAGCGAGAGUCUGAAUUGCAAUUUCAGAUCGAGUUUUUACUACCCUAUACAGCGCUUGUAUAUGCGUUUCUGGUCACAAGUAUUAAAUAUAUUUGUAUUUGUAUUUUACUUUUAUUUCUUGCAGAUUUUCAAAACAAAGUGAGGGAGAAACGGCCAGGAUUUUUCGCUCGACUAUCUGGCAGAAGUGUAGAGAAAAAAUAGAUAAGCUGAACUUUUUAGGAUUCCUUAUCAGAUCCAGAAGAGUUCAAACUUUGUACACCAGAGAUGGCUGCGUCCGUUAGCCAAGUACAGUACAUGGCUGUAUAGAUUCCCACCAGUAAAUGCAAAAUAAACUGCAUUAUCAACCUCGUCCCCAGGGUCUUCUGAAGAAGACCCUGGGGACGAGGUUGCGGCAUUAUAUAAUAACAACGUACAGUGAAACACGCAAUUUGAUUGGUCAAUAGCCGUGCAGGAUCAGGCUAUCCUGCACGAGGAAUUAAAAUGCCUUCGCGUGAUUUCCAAAAUGUCAUUGUUUCACUGUAGUUAUUUUAUAAAACAAUUACCAAAUGGUUUUCCAAGCAGGAUAGCGUGAUCCAUGUACUUGGGAUGUUGCUCGACUUUCGGAAAGCGUAAAAAUACACUCGCUUGCAACUCGAAUAUUUUUACGCUUUCCGAAAGUCUCGCGACAUUCCUCGUGCAUGGAUCAUGCAUUCCUGCACGGAAAACCCAUUCGGUAUUCCUUUAAUAAAAAUGCAUAAAAAUAUUUGAGUGUUGUCUACUUGAUCUUGUUAUGCUUAAUAUUACUCGGCGGACACAAAUUACUAUUGAUGAUAAUAUUGAUGGCUCUUUGUCAGAAACUGCAUUGCAAGUUGUAAAAAUUGCCUGGUCUGACUAUGGUCUUUAUAGGUUUCAAAUAUAUACAAGCAAGCUAUCAUUAUGCUACGUCGAGCCAUGCAUGCAUUAUCUCAUGGACAUAAUAAUAUUGGCCUGGACAUUUCAAACACGUCAACCCUAAGCCCUUGGCAACUGAAAUUUCAAUUUUGGCAUUUUCCUUUUUGUCGUGUUUGAAGGCGAAGGCAAAAAGUGAUUAAUAGGAAGGCCUAUAUUUGCGGAAAUAAUGCCACUGGAAACUUCAGUCCAGUAGAAACAUACAUAAGACUCCGCGUAUAUUAAAGAACCUAACUAGAUAAGAACCUGUUAGACUUGAAAAUGCACGAUAUUUAGACCCCCUUUAUAUACUAGGAACCUUUUUAUAGGCUAAAAUUUCAAACAGGUUCUUAUUUUAUUUUUAUCACUCUAAGAGUUGAAACUAAAAAUUUAUAAAUCAAAGAAAAUAAACUUGUCACAAAGACAAAGUAGUGAAAAUGACGCAGACGUCAGAAUCCUGGAUAUGUCAUAACAUAAUGUAAAGCGACAUGUCUCGGUAUGAACACAUCAACAAAAAAUAAUUGUAUCUACACCAACCGAAAGUUAGUCCUUUUUCUUUAGAAAAUAAGAACCAGGUUCUUAUUUUCUAAAGAAAAAGGACUCAUUUUCGGUUGGUGUAGAACCUAUUUAAGAAUUUGUUUAUAGCCUAAGGAACCGUUCAUUUCAUUCAUUAUUUAUACCCGGGGUUUGUACCGAAGAGAAGCGAAAACCACUGUAAAUUUUUUAUUUACCCAACCUCAACAAUGGUCAAAAUAAUGUUUACCCAACCCAUGUGUUACUGUACUACAUAAUAAUUAAACACACAAGAUUAUGGUGACAGAAAUCAAGUUGCCUAAAUAAAUAAAUUCUAAAAGCACACUCAAACUCACUGAGUGCGCCAAAGCAAUCACGUUCCUGCUGAUCAACGAUAGAGUCACUUCCUCAAUCACUGAUGGUCUAUUUUGGUACAGAAUGUAUUGUACACAUUUUUCUUCAUAUUUUCCAACGCAUGGUAAUUUUGGUUUUAUUUUAUUUUAUAACUGUCAAACACUGCAGCCAUAAAAUUUUUUACCCAGCCCAUGAGCUAGUCAAAAACUUGAUUACCCAACCCAUAUCUCUUCGGUACCAACCCCAGCCCAGGUAUAAAUAAUGAACGGUCCCUAAUUUCGUGAUAAGCACCAUUUAUAUAAGAACCUGUUCAGUAGGCUAACUUGAAAAAUCUAGCUUCUUAUACGCGGGGUCUUACUGUACAUGCAAUUUUUCAGUGACAGAUUACAUCAAGACUGGAGUCUUCCGCCAACGGAGCGCUUGGCGGCUUCGUUUAGUACAAAAAUUUAGGUCUUCGUUUCGGGAACGAAACGGGACGCCAUUUUGUUUUUGUCCGGAAGUGAAUAGUGCAAGGAUAAUCGGGAGCCGAGCAACCAAUUAAAUUGCGUGAAAAACCACCUCCCGAGUAUUAUGCUAAUUGCAUAUAUUCAUAAAAAUAUGAUAAACAUAGCCAUAUUUCUACAAAUUAUGUUACUAUGAUCAUGGCGGGAUCAUGAAUGAAAUUCAUACACAUACGCUAGUCAUUGCGUCACUAGGCAACAUCCCACAUAAUUCGAUAUUUUCAAACGAGAACAACUGAAUGCCAAUAUGACUUCCUUAAUGGACCUAUUCCCUAAUGAACGAAAUUUUGAUCUAGACAAGUCUUGACAAAAAUUUUAUCACGGCUUGAAAGAGCAUCACAAAAUUAGUAAUAUUCCGAAGUUUUGUUGCGAAAUGUUGUAAAAUGCGGAUAAUAUAGCCCUGCGAAGUUUGCCGUUUUUCAGUCAAUUUGUAUUACGCAUGGGAAAUUGAUAGCUUUUUUCAGAAAGCGGUAUCAAUUUCCCGUGCGUAAUACAAAAUGACUGAAAAACGGAAAACUUCGCAGUGCUAUAUUAUCCGCAUUUUACAACAUUUUGUGAAUUGCUCUUUCAAGGAAUCAAGCUGUGGUGAAAUGUUUGUCUAGACUUGUCUAGAUCAAAAUUUUGUUCAUUAGGGAAUAGGUCCAUUUGAAAGCGUGUACAACCGAAUUUACAACAACUUAAUUAAUCGUUAUAAUUAUAAGAUAUAACAUUAAAAUACUCAUUAAUAAUUCAUAAACCUUGUGGCAAAUCAUGUCAGCCAUAAUAUGUCACGUGGAGUGACUUUAUAUCUGACAAAACACAUGUGGCAUUAUAUAAUUGUUCAUCCUAAUUAGCAUGAUUAUAUAAUGGUUCAUCCUAAUUAGUAUUCUUUUGUAGUCGUAUUUAAGCUAUUCAAAACACUCCUUGUCGUGUUUUAUCAGACAUAAAACUCUCGGCUGCGCCUCGUGUUUUAUGUCUGAUAAAACACUCCUACUCGUGUUUUAAAUAGUACUUCAAACACUCAUUAAUAAUUCAUAAGCUUAUUGGCAAAUCAUGUCAACCGUAAUAUGUCACGUGCAACGGAGUGGCUUUAAACCUGAUAAAACACUCCUAUAUAAGGGAUAUAAAGAAUACUAAUCAGGCAGUAUCUAUUGUUGUCGUGUUCUCAUUAGUAUUUUUUAUAUAAAGAAUACUAAUAAGGCGGUAUAUCUAUUGAAUUUGUAGUCGUGUUUGAGCCGUUUAAUAAGCUCGCAGGUCGUGUUUUAUUAGGUCUAAAGCCACUCGCGCUGCGCGCUCGUGUCUUUAAACCUAAUAAAACACUCCUGCUCGUUUAUUAAACAGUACAUAAAAUAAUAUUGAAAAGUCGAACUUAGGUUAUGUUGAGAAACGUUUUCUUUAUAUUCAAUAUCAGAAUAUGUUAUCCUAUUUGUUUAAAAAAAAAUUAGUUACUUUAAAAAUGCCAGUCAAUUUUGUUCUACUUUUUCCUUCACUUAAAUAUCGACUAUAUUUUCCGGUUUGAUUUAAACUGACAUGAGGAUUAAACGAAUCAUUAUGAGGAUUUCACGUUUUGCCAGGUCUGGAUAAAAGUGGGAUCUUUGUCUCAGCAAGAAGAUCGAAGGAUGGGAGAAUCUUAUUACAGUAAGGAAUCAUUAUAUCACACUUAAUUGUCUGCCAUUUGAAAUUGUGAAGUGUUGUCGACUGUUCACAUUUUGUGUAAUGAACGGUCAAAUUUUCCAUUGUUUUUACGCACUUUUGAGGAAUGUUUGAAAAAGGCAAAUUCAUUUGCUAUGAAUUCAAAGAAUCUUUUAGUAAUUACCAACGGCAACGUCAUUAUAACUCAAGACAACAAAGUAAAAUAUAAAACCUAUAAACCAAUAUUCACCGACAUCAAAGUAGUGUAGCAUUAAGCACUUCACAAUUGGGACAAAUGUUUAGUUGAAUUCGUGGAAAGAAAAUGUCUGGCCAAACGUUACUCGUCCUGUUUGGUUUGCUAUCUUUUAAUGGAGGUACGUCUCUCGUUGAUAAUUAGGUAAAAAUGUCGGUCCGAAUCUUUUCGUAAUAAGCAAUAUAAUAACUGCUCAAUUAUUAAUGAAAUAUAUAGUCUUAUAGACACAAAUUGUGAAGACACAAUAUAUUACUGAUUUGUUACAUAUUUAUCACCUAGACGUAAUUUGAGAUCUUUUUGAGAUAGAAAAUUAGUAGUACCGAAAUUAUACUUGUACAGUACAUUUUUAUAUGUUGGAGAUUAAUUAAAAAGCGCCUCUUUAGCAAAGUAAUUCCUUUAUCUGCCUAGAGUUAGGAGAAAUUAUGGACUUUUCAAUAUCAGAUUUAAAGGUCCAAAAUAUGGAAUUGAGGAAGAAAUAAAACUGUCCUCAUUUCAACAAUUUAAAAGUAAAUUAAAAUUUCUUUGUUUCUACAAAGCUUGCUCUUCAGAUAAUAUGAAAUAUAUUGUAAUAUUGGUAGAUUUUUCUUUGUUUGUCAUCUUGAUUGUAAUGUGUAAGUUUGUGUAAAUAUCCAUUAACUUUACUGUCGAUGCAAUAGAAGUGUUGAUAAAAUAUUCCACCAAUUCCUUUCCUCAAGUUGAUCAAUUCAUUUGAUAGAAAAUUGAUCAACCUUCUGUUACUUUUAAAUGAGCCAAUUAGAUUUCGUUUCAGAACCGAUUGACCAAUUAAUAGGGAACGCACAGGAAGUAAAAAGAAAUUUGAAUUCGUAUCAAAUUGAUCAACUUGAGGAAAUGAAUUCAUGCAAUAUUUUAUCAACGCUUCCAUUGCAUCGACAGUAAUUGACCCAUACGUUAUUGUUCAAGCCAUAGAGCGUUUGCACUCAUUCCCCAGGGACCAACUCAACAAAAGCCAUGGCGGCCAUAUUGGUGUUCCAGACAAAAGAGUCUGAUUAAAAUUCUUUUGAAUGGACAUUUGCAUUGUAGACUAAGGCAGCGUUUACACUGUACCGUUUUCGUAGCGUUCUCGUAUUGUUCGAGAGAACUAGACUAUUGUCUUGCGUUCCCUUGAGGAUUAAGAAAAAUACGAGAACGCUACGAAAACGGUACAGUGUAAACGCUGCCUAAAUUUUGAUCUAGACAUAAAUUUCAUCACAGCUUGAAAGAGCAUCACAAAAUUAGUAAUAUUCCAAAGUUUCGUUGCGAAAUGUUGUAAAAUGCGGAUAACAUAGCCUUGCAAAGUUUGCAAUUUUCAGUCAUUUUGUAUUACGCACGGGAAAUUGACAGCCUAAUCGGGUGUUGGGGCAUCAAUUUCCCGUUUGUAAUACAAAAUGACUGAAAAUUGCAAAUUUCGUAAGGCUAUAUUAUCCGCAUUUUACAACAUUUCGCAACGAAACUUUGGCCGGAAUAUUACUAAUUUUGUGAUGCUCUUUCAGGCUGUGAUGGAAUUUUUGUUAGUAGACCAAAAGUCCAUUGGAACACCAACAUGGCGGCUGUGACGUCAUGUGCAAUAGCUCCAUACUUGCAUGGUGAAUUAGCUUUUUGGCAUUUUUAGCAAUAACUACUUCUGAAAGCCAAGUACCCAUUUAUCAAUAUUAAAUUCGUAUUAUUAAAAUCUAUAAAUAUAAUUUCCACAAAAUUCUUUGGAAGUGCCAUGUUGAAAUUUCAGGGUUUUUUUAAAUCACGUCCAUAACUUGACCACCAGACCUACCAUUUGAUAAUUUGUACAGCUCUUGUAUAAACAUUAUGUUGGAAUCUAAUUCUUUCAUUUCAACACUAUAAUUGAAGACAAGCUGAGAACCAAAAUGAAUACUGAAAUAAACACCCUUUUGUUAGCCGUAUAUAGUCCCCUUUGAUAGCCGCUUUCAUUAGCGUUCUUGCCAGGACUGUUACGCCGGAGAGCAAUUUUUACAUGAAUGAGCAUACAUAUGAAACACAACCAUUUCUUUCUUUCAUAGCUUCGCUCAAAAUAGACAUGGUACUUGUCAUGGAUAAAUCUGGAAGCAUUGGGUCAAGUAAUUUCAACGUGGAGAAACAAUUUGUUGAAAGUCUUAUUGAAUAUUUUCCAAUAUUUCCCACCCAAACUCGUGUGGCCAUCGUGACAUAUUCAACUUUGGUAAAACUGGAGUUUAAUUUUAAUAAACACAUCAAUAAAGCGUGUUUACGAAAAGCAGUUCGAGAAAUCAAGUACGUGUUUGACGUGACCUAUUAGCUUAGUUACUUUACCAUAUAUACAAGGUAGGCAAGAUGUGUUCGCAACAGGUUUGUAGCAAGCUUGUCAACAUGUUGUAACAAUGCUGUUAUUUUAUCAAGUUUCUACAAGCUUGUCACUCAUAACUUGUUGACAAAUUGUUGAAUUGCAGGACGAUAACAAGUUGUUGGAACAACUUGUAACAAGUCUGUUGAGCUCAAUAACCCUGUAGUAAGUUGUCAACAAGUCGUUCACCACUUAAUUGUCAACAAGCUGGGAACAAGCAGUGCGAACACAUCCAGAUGAUAAGUUGUUGGAAUAGCAUUGCUACAAGUCUGUUACAACUUGUGUGUUUUUACGUGCGUAUCCUGAACUCUAUGUUUUUCAACAGGUACACAGGCGGCAUGACGGCAACAGGAGACGCGCUACAAUAUGUUCGUAACAAUCUCAUCUUCAACGUAACUGUCGGAGCUAGAAGUGGCGCCAAAAAGGUGGUCGUCGUUCUAGCAGUUGGCAGACCUAACCAAGGGGUCAGUCCAGGAAUCCCGGCAGGGCAGUUGAAAAGUGCUGGGGUGAUUAUAUUUGCUCUGGGAAUUACAAACAGUAUCAACAAGAGUGAACUAUCAGCAGUUGCGACAUCAUCACACCACGUGUUUCACAUGGAGAAUAUUAACACAGUUUUGAAUCACGGCACAAAGGCUUUCCAAGAAGGUGAGUUGGUGCCUUAUAAUACACAGAUGGCGGCCAUUGACGUCCAAUAGCUAUGAAGGUCGAAAACAGUUUUUAUACCCAGCAUUUUCCCAGCUAACGGACCUUAUCGCGAAUCAACUUUUCAGUCCAUUAAAUGAUAAUAUUAGUCUUUAAAUAAAUCCAUAUAUAAAAAAAUAGAAUCUUUAAAAAAUAGAUACGAAAUUUUGGCACACUCCUUGCCAAGAUGGCAGAAAUUGAAGAGUUAUAGGACGUCAGAGGAUUAAAGUUUCCGGUGAUUGGUAGGAUAAAAAAUGUCCUCUAGAGAGAAAUUGGUUAUUAGUGGCUUCUAUCCGAAAUUUGCCAGCGAAUAAUUAAUAAUGAGGUCACAGCAAAAUGGCCGCCUCAAGGCGUUCUAAAACGCGUUAGAAGAGAUGUUAGAAGCCAUAUCUUUCAAGAUACUUAGAAGAUCUUUUAUUAAUAGUAAAACUAUUUUAAACACUCUCUUCUCAUUACACUAGUUUAAAAAAUCUCUUCUCAUUAUCAAUAUUCUUGCUUCAAAAUCAAUUCCCUGAAUUCAAAAGGUUUCUCCAUCCAUAGCCUAUCGAAGGGAAGAUGGCUGUGAAACUCACCAGAAUAAUAAUAUAACUCAUUAUCUAUGUUAGUCAACGUUUAUUCAUAACUAUGGUCCUUCACCGUCAUGUGUGUAUUGUAUUUUUGCCCAACCAACCAACCAAUAGCAAUUUCCAAUUUACCCUUAGCUAUAUUAAUUGUUCGGAAUCACGGAUAGGUAACUUUCCUAAAACAUUGCCUAUUGCUUAGUUGGGCAAAAAUACAAUACACACGUGACGGUGAAGGACCAGAUUUAUGAAUAAACGUUGAUUAACAUAGAUAAUGAGUUAUAUUGUUAUUCUAAUGAGUUUCACAGCCAUCUUCCCUUCGAUAAGCUAUGCUCCAUCCAGACUUACUUUUAAAAUCAGUGGAUCAGUCUUUUUGCAAAAGAGGCGAAUUAUCCUUUCGUUGCCUAAGUUCGUCCAGAUUAAUCACUCGUCUCUAGUAAAAAUCAACACAUUACUUAUACAAAACAUUUUCUUACAGAUCUCUUCAAGAAGUGCAACAAUGGUCAGACAGUUUACGAUGAAUGCGGAAGAAAAUGCAGAUGCGAAAACGGAAAACUUGUCAAAUGUUGUCGCCUUCGGAAAGAGUUCACAGACAUGACCUACACUGAACGCGUUCGCUACAUCAACACCGUUAAGACAGCUUCGACGAACUCAACUUACAAGCCUCGAUACGAUACCCUUCUGACGCUACACAGAACAAUCUUUCUCACCGACAUUCACAACGUAAGCUUUUUUCUACCAUGGCAUCGUUGGUUUAUCUUACAAUAUGAAAAUCUUCUGCAGCAAAUCGAUUGUCGCGUCACCGUUCCUUAUUGGGAUUGGAGUCUGGUGGCGGCUAACCCUUUCUCUAGUCCUCUGUGGAACGCAAGCAACCACGGUUUUGGUGGAAACGGGGUGCCAGGGGGGAACUGUGUGAAUACAGGUCCAUUCAGGCAGGGGGUGUGGUCACUUCCAUCUAGCGCCGGGGGAGGAUGCUUGAGGCGACAUUUUGCCGGUACAACCCCAGACGCAAUUGCAGUUCAGAAUCUGAUAUCGUUAACUGCCAACGUAACAGAUUUUUUUAAUUUCGAACAAUUGUUGAGAAUCCAGUUCCACGAUCUUGUUCACUGUACUAUCAAUGGAACCAUGUGCUCUCUCGAUUCCGCAACAGCCCCCGAGUUUAUUCUACAUCAUGGUUUCGUCGAUAAAAUAUGGUGGAGUUGGCAAAGUCAGAGCAACGCGCACAAGUUUCAUACAUAUUUCUUGAACCAAACUGAGCUGAUGACAAACACAUCAUAUUAUUCAAAAGACUUGCUUGAUUUGAAGAAUCUACCUGGUUGUGUGUGUACCGAGUAUGUGAACCCGAAGAAUAGUGCCUUUGGACGUAUUAACGGUUUGUAAUCAUUAUUAAAGAAGUCAUUAAUAAUUCAUGAAGAAAAUUCAAAAGAAAUGAAUGUUUAAUCAGUGUUUGUAAAUCGGAUAAAGAUUUUUCCUGAUUUACAUAAACUUCAGCUUUGAUUUUUCUUCACAUCCCAUAAAGAUCAGCUGCUCAUGUUUCAACUAGUACUUAAAGAUGAUGUCCACUCGUGUGCGCAUGUGCGAUCUUUGUUUACGUUUUGAACUUCUAUAUUUGUAAAAUAUGAUAUACUAACUGAAUUUUAAAAACUCAUUAAUAAUUCAGGAGAAAACACAAAGAAAAAUCAUAAGCGUGUCGUGGUUUUAUAUGUGAUAUAAAAUCAUGUUAAUUUACAUAAACUUUAGCUUUGAUUUUCUCGGUUUAGACAAAGUUUAUUUUAAAAAUUACUUCGCUAAUGUACUCAUCAGAAGAUGGGUCGUUUUUUAAGCUAUUUAAAGCACUCGUAGUCGUGUUUUAUCACAUAUAAAACACUCCGCUACGCGUCGUGUUUUAUAUGUGAUAAAACACUCCUACGCGUGCUUUAAAUAGUACAUCUAACACUUUUCUGCUUCGCCAUGCUUGUAAAUGAAUAUAAACUCUACGUUUCAAUUCAAAAAAGUUCGAAAGAUGCAAAAUUUGGGCAAUGUUUAUAUCUGGGGUCCCCCUUUGUUUUGUGCAGAACUGAUGCGCAGAACGGACUGGAUCAUCUUUAAAAACUCAAUACUUCAUAUUCAUGAGGAACAGACAAAGGAAUUCGAAUUCGUGUAUUCGCUACCGUUUAUAUGUGAUAAAAAAUCAUGUUCAUUUACAUAAACUUUAGCUUUGAUUUUCUCGGGUUAGACAACGUUUAUUUUUAAAAUUACUUCGCCAAUGAACUCUUCUGAUGGGUCGUUUUUUAAAGCCAUUUUAAACCGGUUUUCCACUAGCGAAUUUUCUCGCGCGAAGCGACCUUUUUCCUUUGUCGGUAUGACUUGUUACGUCAGCAAGACGUGGCAAAAUGGAUACCGACAAAGGAACUGACGUCGCUUCUGUAGUCUGUGCUUUAUCAGAUUUAAAACAGUCGAGCAGCGCUUUCGUGUCUUAUAUGGUCUUAUAUCUGAUAAAGCACUCCUGCUUGUGUUUUAAAUGUAGAGCUUAAGCAAACGAAGUUAUUGACAAAAUGGACGUCACAUAUUUUCCAUGUCAUUGUCGAACUUCAAUUUCAAUAUUUCAUUAAUUCUCUUUCAUUUAGCCAUGUCAAUUAGUCAACUCAGGAUCGUGCCACGAUUGCCACUACCACCGCUGUCAAGCAAGGCUGCCAAGCUUUUCCGUACUUCUGCAGCAGAAAUCGAACUAGUUUCCAGACUUCGCGCAAAGAUCGAACCCCAACGAACUGUACUCAAGAGCGACCUGGAUGGCGCUGACACCAAACUUGGUAUGAAGUUGAGCGAAAUUACACCAGGUGAAUACUAUAACUGUACGAUUUCUAGGCCGUUUCAAAAAACUAUCCAGUAAGUACUGAAUGAGGAGCUCAAAAUUUUGUAUUUGGAGAUAAAUUUUGUAUAUUUACAACAUGUUGGAAAUGGCUUGCGAAACGUCUUCAUGAGAACAUUCGUAUUCUUCAACAAUUUAAAAUAAAUGAAUGAUAUUUGAUGAGAAAAUUAAACUAAACGUUUAUGUAAAUCAGCAUGAUUUUGUAUCAGAUAUACAAACUUCUUCACGCUCAUGAUUUCUUCUGUGUUUUCUUCAUGAAUUAUUACUUUUACUUAAUUAUUACUCGGUGUAGCUCUCAAAAUUGUUUUGUUCUCUAGUUUAUACAGUUAGCUACCUUUUUAAAUGCAUUCGUUGCUUGUGAAACAUAAAUAUAAUAGAAAAAAAUGUCAAUUAAAAUACAAUUGUCAAUGAUGCUAUGAAAGUGACGCCAUAUUUACAGCAAUAUUAGCAGAACUCACUGAACUUCGGACAUCAUUUUCUGUUUGGCGUAUCAUCUAAAAUCUCUUCAUUUUAGCAUUAUUUUACAGAUAAAGGACUAAACAUACAUUUUAAGUUUGUUUGCCGACUAAAAAACGUAUCGAAAACUAAAUAGUUUUGAAUACAGUCAUAACCGCUAAUAUAACAAAAGGGGGGUUUAUUUCAGUAGUCAUAAGCAGUACAUUACGCUCAUCAUUAUUUUUGAACGCUUGUUUCGUAACAUACACAAAAAUCUUCUCUUAAUCAGUUUCACAAUUUUCUUUAUGAAUUAUUGAGCUUUACGAAACUUACAGUGCAUUUUUUAAGGAUUCUUCAGUGGUGGGGCAAAACUGCCAAAGGGCCCAUUUUCCUUGUCCUCCCCCAGCACAGUAUGUGAUCGCCGAAGGUGUGAACAGAGUACCGCAGACACGAGUUAGCUAGGGGAUUGAAUGUGGCAGCAUGUCCCCCCCCAGGAAAUUUUUAAAAUUUGGGUCUCUGAAAUAGCAUUCCCUACAUUCUGAGAACACAUUUUAAAAAAAUCUCCGCUUCCCAAAACAAAGUUUUAAUGGUGAAAUUUGUAAUAAAUUGCAUGCUAAACAUUCAAACAUAACAUAAGUUUAAGUAUGCUCACCAACAAAUUUUGUUUCGUAAACUUCUUUUCAAUGUUAAACUCAUUUACUCAGUACAGGUCCUAGAGACCUGGCUUUGGGGCAAUAGGCCAUUUUUUUCUUCAGUGGUGGGGCAGAGGAAGGGGUCCAGUGGGGCAAAUGCCCCACCAGUCCAUGGUAUUAAAAAAUGCCUUGAAAACUUACCUAAGUUUAAUUUUGUCAUUCAUUAUAUAUUAUCAUGUCGUUCGUUAGAUACAUCCCAUUGAUGCCAAAGGCAGUCGGACAGUUGUCGAUGAAAAGCACAAAAACAAAUCCGAAGAAAUUUCUCAAGUAUAAAUGCUGCCAAGAACGCCAACGGAAUUUGAAAUCCAUGUGAUCAUGAUAUUAUUGUAAUAUGACCUUCCUAAUAAAAGACAUGUGAAAAAGUUAUCAGUUAUUGUAAGAGUUAAUGGGAGAAUUAUCGCGGAUACACAGAGCUGCCAAGUUUACGGUUUACCCAUUCGUGUCCAGGUUUUGGGGCUAAACUCCAGGUCUCACGGUUGGACUUACAAAUCUCACGUUAUUUCAGGAAAAUGAUUUGUAUAUUGUUCAAAUUCUGCAUCUCUGGAUGCAAGGACUACGAUUUAGGAGUAUUAGGGCUGAACAUUUUCUAUUCUUUCCUAAUUCUUCGCAAUCCGAUAAGAAAUGGUUUCGAGAAUGAUGGCACAUUACUAAUGGGCUGAGAAACAAAUAUGUUCCAAGAGCCUUUCAAUCUUUACCUCUUGUCAUUUUCUAGUGCACGAAAUAGCGUUGUCAUUCGGUAGCGUUGUGUCCUUGAUUACGAGGGCGUCUAAAGUACAUCCUACCACUGAAUGCCAAGUUUAUACAAGUGUUAUCUUCCCAAGGCAUGCAUACGCUGAUACGCACACGUAAGAGCUGUGCUAAGGACCUCUAAAAGUUGUGUUUUUUUUUCAGAAUUUAGGUUCCGCUCACUUACAAUGGUUCCUGCUUCCCACGUACUGUCUUUCAAAGGAACCCUUUUGCGUCAAGGGCCUCUUGUACACUGUUGAACUUGUUCCAAACUGUAAGAUUAAAACUAAUAAAUUAACUUCAUUUAUACAUGGCCGAUAGCUCUAUCAGUUCUAAACUGUUCUCCAUAUAGCUCCAAUAAGGGUCAUCUCUUAUUAUUGAUCCAGUGUUGCUACAGGAGGAAACCUAAACUAAACUAACUUCAUUGAUACAUGGAUAUAUCUACCAGUUCUAAAUUGUUCUUCGUAGAAUUCCAGUAAGGGUCAUAUCAUGAUAUUGAUCCAGUAAUACUACUGAGGAAACCUAAACUGUAUUUAUUCUGGAUUGCUCUAACAUUUCUAGUAUAGAGAGUACUUUUCCGAAAUAUGACCUUUGAAGAUUUAAAUCUGAUUCAAAUUUAGAAUUUAAUUGUUAUAACAAUGUUAGAUUGAUAGAAAAAGCAUGACUUUGAAGUAGUAGAAUCUUAUAACGCAGAUUGUUUUCUUAAUAUUCCGGCUCAAUUGUCAACGUCUAUGUUAGUCUAUUUAUUUAAAUAAUUUAAUAAAAAUGUCACACAUUUUGUUAGUCUAUUAUAUAUUUGGUGAUUGAACAAUCUUGUCAACAACGUAAUCAAAAAAGCCAACAGACACCUGUUUUUUCUUGUUCAUUGCCACGAGCAAAAGUUCACGACUGAUAUCAUUACCGUUUAUUGUGCCUGUAUCAGACCUGUUCUAGAAUAUGGGGCACAGCCACAGAUAUUUCAUUAUGCCCUGACCGAAUAUCUCCAGGAGAACUUAGAUUUAUUAGAACUUAGAGAAAUUAUCUUUCAUUAUUAUAUCAAUCAAGUAAGCGGUUGCGGUAAACAAAGACUACUUGAAAUAUUCUGAAUAUGUAAAAAGACUACUUGAUAUGUAAAAAGACCAAUGAAUGUUGUCUUAGGACCCAUCAGAUUAUUUAAUAAUUUGUAUAUGAUUUUUGCUUUACUUUUCUUCAUUUCUGUUUCAAGUGGCUUCCAGCCCAGUGCUUGCAAAGCAACAUAAUAGUAUCUGUGUCAUUGCUCAUAUAUUCAUAAUAAUUCGAGCAGAUCUAUUUAUUUGGAGAUUUUGGAGUCUAUUUGAUUGUGUUUCUCCAAACACAUCCCAUACUUCACAGCAGUAAUGGAACAUAUGGGCAACAAUAGCAUUGUACAAGUUGUAGGAUUUUUUAUCAGCAAAUUAUUUUAGGCGUCUAAGAGCCGAUAUUUCGGAUAAGGAUCAUGCACAAGUUACACCAUCUCUUUCAGGUGAUCUCGUGUUCGUAUUUUAGCCAAUCAGCGCUCAGAAAGGGUUGUCCGAAUAGAAAUCCAUUUUGAUCUAUUCAGUCAAUUAUAUCUUUCGUUAUUCUCUAUGUGAACUAUAGCUCUGACAAAAAUAUGGAAUCGAAAUAAAGUAUAUUACAGGAGAUAUUCAGUUGUUUUAAUCAUAAAAUGGAUUUCUAUUUGACAACUGGUGCCAGUACUUUUCCGCGUAUCAAGAUCAUCUGGUUACCAGAAACACUGAAUAUACCAUAUUACCACUCAAGACACAAUCGAGCUUAUCAAUUGCCUUUUAUUAACACUGAUCAUCGGUUCAAAAAGACGUUCAUGCCCGAUCAUCUAUCAUGAUAGUAAACGCGGACAGUACUUGCAUGCUUAAAGUACUGAUAUGGAUGCAAGCCAUAUAGAUAUCUUAUAUACACUAGAUAGCGCAUCUCUUUUAGUAAAAUUGAAGCCAAGAAUAUUCCAGCGGUUACCCCCAUUUGAAUAGAUGGCGGCCAUGUUGGUCGUUCCCACUUGCUAAUAAACGCUUAAAAACAACAAUAACUUUCAUCAUUUGAAUAGUUUAAAAACGUAUUUGGAAUAGGGUUAACUUAAUGUUUAAGUUCCCUGUUUAAGAAAUAGAGAACAUACGAAUCUUCUCAUUUCAUGGGAACGACCGGCCUGAGACUGCAAUCACAGCUUCAAUUGUUGAAUUGCAGAAUAAUUAGAUGCACUAUCUAGUGUAUAUAAGAUAUCUAUGAUGCAAGCAUGCUAAUUAUUGCUAUUUUUUAACUUUCUUAGAAUUUCAGUCUCUUGGCUUGGCAGUAGAGUUCUAAUAAAAUCUAUCUAUCUAUCUAUUUACUUAAAUAAUUUAAUAAAAAUGUCAAUUAUAAAUUUUAUUCUGUUUGCUUCUUCACUUAUAAAUUGAGUAUAUACUUCCCGGUUGAUUUGAACGGAUACAGCACGAGUCAUUAACAGUGAUGUCUGCUUUGCCAUAAAUUCAAAGAUCUCACAUCAUUAACCAAGACAACAAGAACUAUAUGAGAUCUAAACCAAUAUCCAUCAGGCAUCACCUUUGCCAAACGUUACCUUGGGGAUUAGACAUUGGGGUAUAUAAAGCACUUCUCAUUUGCCUGAUUUGUGACAAAGGAUCAGUUGACUUUGCAGAGUCGAGAUGGCAGGUCGAUAUUUGCUCGUGCUGUUUCCUUUGUUAUUUGUCACAGUAUUUUCCUCUUGCAAAAAACGUUUUAAUGCAGGUACGUACUUUUUUGUUAAUUAAUGACUAAUUAAAAAUGUGGGUCGGACAACAUAAUAAUCAGUGCCUGCAAUUAAUUAAUUAUAUAUAGACGCAAAUCGUGAUACUUGUUUGCCAAAGAGUAGAUUUGCAGGGCAAAUAAAUUGAAACUCUUUUUAUAGUUAGCUAAAAUGUUUUUUUUCCAAGUACUGUGGUUUCUUUCUGUACUAAGACUGGAUCAAUAAGAAAUGACUCUUACUGGAACUCUUGGGAGUUUAGAACUGAUAGAACUAUCCAGUAUAAAUAAAGUUAGUUUAGUUUAAGUUUCCACCUGUAGUAACACUGGAUCAAUAAGAGAUGAUCCUUAUGGACCUCUAGGGAGAACAGUUUAAAACUGAUAGAGCUAUCCAGUAUGAAUAAAGCUAGUUUAGUUUAGGUUUCCUCCUGUAGUAACACUGGAUCAAUAAGAGAUGAUCCUUAUGGACCUCUAGGGAGAACAGUUUAAAACUGAUAGAGCUAUCCAGUAUGAAUAAAGCUAGUUUAGUUUAGGUUUCCUCCUGUAGUAACACUGGAUCAAUAAGAGAUGAUCCUUACUGGACCUCUAGGAAGAACAGUUUAGAACUGAUAGAGCUAUCCAGUAUGAAUAAAGCUAGUUUAGUUUAGGUUUCCUCCUGUAGUAACACUGGAUCAAUAAGAGAUGAUCCUUACUGGACCUCUAGGGAGAACAGUUUAAAACUGAUAGAGCUAUCCAGUAUGAAUAAAGCUAGUUUAGUUUAGGUUUCCUCCUGUAGUAACACUGAAUCAAUGCGGAGGGAUGGCCCUUACUGGAUCUCCGGGUAGAACAGUCCAGAAUCGACAGACGAAAUAUAUCAAAAAGAGCGAUCCAGAGCGCUAAAACCACAUUCAACAGAUUGAAAUCACAUGCAUGUGUCGUGCUGGCGGAGAAAAAGGGUGCGCGCGGGAGGCCUGGUUACCGCGGGUUCUCUUCAGGUAAUUCUCGUACCCAGAGCCCUUCUUACGCGCGGUGCGACGAGGGGCUCUGGCCAAAUCCAUAUUCCGAACUGGCAUCUGAUUGGCUAGUUCUAACACCGGACAUUGUUUUCUUACCAUGUUUUUAUGGUAUCCGGUUAUGGAUUUGGCCAGAGCCCCUCGUCGCACCGCGCGUAAGAAGGACUCUGGGUACGAGAAUGUCUUCAGGUAAGAAAAUAGAAUGUCAGUGACAAACAAGAAUAUCGUGUGUUUGUAGCACAUUUCUGGAUUUCGAAAAUCAUUACCGGAUAUUCAUCACUGUAGUCGACAGAAAUCAGUCAAGGUCGUAUUCAAGCAUUUAUAUUGAAAUAGAAGUUUUUUUCUGCAUCCUGUAUUUGGAUUUAUAUAAUUUAAAACCUAAAAUCUUUGUGGCGUUCAAAAUCACUUUCUUUUGGCAUUAUUUUACCGCGCAGAUAAUGCACUAAACAUGUAUUCUAUUUAAGUUAAAAGAUAUUUCAAACACUGGCAUAAAACCUUUAUUUAUUUUGUUAAUCGAGAACUUGAAAUACCCCCUGUAACUGUGUAACAAUAUAAUACGUGCAUCAACUCUCAUCCAAGAAUUUAAAUUUUAGAAUUUUUGCUAUUGUCCUGUUGUCGAGCUUGAUCUUAGCCUGCGAAGGUCAUAGUUAAUAUAAUGGUUAGAAUUUUGGCCUUGUUACGUAGUUUCAAGUACUUUAAAUUUACUUUCUCUUCAACAGGCGCGCCAAGGAUUAACAUUAAAUAUAAUUAAAUUGUUAUACUCUCUCUUAUAAUCUAAUUAGUUCACGGGUGUGACAUAUAUAACCAGGGCAUAUUUUGUGUGAAAUAUUUUUAUUUUUAAAGUGGAUGAGAGCUUUGCUGAUUUUAGCCUGUGCACAUCCUGUAUAUUACCAGGGUAAUACAGGAUGUGCACAGGCUAUGCUGAUUUGAGCAUUCGUUAUUUUACAGUUUCCUAAUAACAUAUACCCGUGCAUAAUUAUAUGUCGACGCAUGCACUCGACUAUUCAUAAAGGCUAUUCAUAUAUUGGUUAAGUUUUUUCUUUCAAAAUCAAGAACGAGCCAGAACUUAGCAAAGUGGGAAGGCACUUUAAAAUGGUGCUAGGUUACGACAAGCCUCCAUUAUCCUUGAAUGGCCGAGUGAGGUCGCUCGACAGGAAAAAAUCAACAACCCACAUUUUUUUUUGAAAAUGUUUCUAAUGCAUGUUCAAACUUUAAACUUAUAUCUGAAACGGAAGGUACUCGAUAUUAUAUCUUAUAAAGCUGGAACAUUUUGAGCCCUGUAGUCAACAUAGUUGUCAACUUAGUUAGUGUCACAAAACGUACGUUAGGCCGCUUAUUUUCUCAAUUUGUCAUUUCUAUAUAGGGGCGCCUAGCUGUCCGAAUUUGUUUUGUUUUUUAUUUUUCAAAACGAUUUAACCCUAUAUAUACAAGCUAUUGACCUGAAAUUUUCACUUAGGAUUGAAGAGUCUACUACUACUAGUUGUGCAAGGAACUAUAGGAUAUUUAAGUUUGUUACAACCAGUGAUGAGUUAUGGAUAUUUUGCUCAGUCAAUGUAGGGUAUUUUUUAACCAUUACUGAGGAUUCUAGAUAAUUACGAAGAGAAAUUAACAUAAUCCCGCAACCCUUAUUUUUCACACCGGGAAAAGUUAGCUUCAGUGUCAGAGGAAUCCACCACUCUCAUGCACGCAAUUUACCCAAAAUACAUCAAACUUUUUUUAUUAAUGUACUAAGUAUGCUAAUAUUUCUCUCGUAUGCUGAUAGUUUUCGUGAGGAUUUGACCUCUCGAGGCCUUGAGAAAAAUAUCUAUCGUGUUUGGUAUUUUUCACCUCGCGAAAAAAACAUCUCAACGUCUGCGGAUGUUGCGAGCUUAGUGCUGAGCCGCUUGAAUUAACUAUAGUCGGCAAUGACUCGGAACCCAUGCAUAGUUUCUUGACUUCAAUGGAGGGGACUUCCUUCCCUCCCCGUCGCCAACAUUUCCUGAAAAAAGUUUUAGGUGCCCUUUUCAUUCCAAGAGUGCCCCUCGAAACCGGUGCCUCCCCAACUUUUUGAUGCCCCCUCUAGUGUUAUUUAUAAUCUCCGAUGACCUGGAAACUGCAAAAAUGCAUAGUCAUUUAGUAAACAUUAAAAUUUUCGCCAUAUUAGACAGUUGUUUUAGAAGUUUGAAUAUUUUAGUCAAAUAUUUAUUAAAACGUCUUUGCGGUUAGGGUUAGGGUUAGGGGGUAGAGUAGCGUUAGGAUUUGGGUGGGCUAACACCUUUUCCAUCUUCCGAAAAUGACGUCAUGUCAGUUUGAUAGAUGGUAACAAGUGCUGACCAGCUAUAGACCCAUUGCACUGACGUCACAAAUCCUUAGAAUGUCCUCCAGAUGCUCCCUAACAAUAUCUGUUCGGGUACAACAACCACACACAGCGCCGAAAAUUAACCAUUUUAAUACAAAAUUAUUAUAAAGUUUUACAAAAUUUGCUUUGCAUGUUUACAAAAGUUAUAUUAUGCAUAGAUCACAAAAGUUAUAUUAUGCAUAGAUUACAAAAGUUCUAUUAUGCAUAGAUUGCUAUUAAUUUGUGCCGCCAGAUGCAUCGUCACCGGCGCUGUGACGUCAUGUGCAAUGGGUCUAUUGAGCUGUUCAUGGUGUGUCCCGUAACGCACAAUAAAUCAGAUCAUUACUUACACUAAAAAUUUCUCAUACAGAUCUCGCCAAGAAGUGCUACUAUCGUCGGACAGUUUAUGAUAAUUGCGGAAGAAAAUGCAGAUGCGAAAAUGGGAAACUGGUGAAAUGUUGUCGUCUCCGAAAAGAGUUCACAGACUUGACAUACACCGAGCGUGUUCGCUACAUCAACGCCAUUAAGACAGCUUCGACGAACCCGGCUUACAAGCCCAAAUACGACACCCUUCUAACACUACACAAAACAAUCUUUUUCGACUUCGGUAUUCACGAGUUAGACUUUUUCCUACCAUGGCAUCGCUGGUUCAUAUUACAAUAUGAAAAUCUUCUACGGCAAAUCGAUUGUCGGAUCACGAUUCCUUACUGGGACUGGAGUUUGGUGGGUGCUAAUCCCUUCUCGAGUUCGGUCUGGAAUACAGGCCCCGGCGGCUUUGGUGGAAACGGAGUACCAGGGGGGAGCUGUGUAAAGACUGGUCCAUUCAGACAGAGGGUGUGGUCACUUCCAGCUAGCGCUGGGGGUGGUUGCUUGAGGCGAGACUUUGGUAGGACGGUUCCAGACGCAAUUGCAGUUCGGAAUCUGAUAUCGUCAAAUUCUAAACCAACAGACUUCUUGAAUUUUGAACGAAUGUUGCGAAUCCAAUUUCACGAUCUUGUCCAUUGCCGUAUCGGCGGAAUAAUGUGCAUGACAGAUGCCGCGGUGGCUCCAGAGUUUUUCCUCCAUCAUGGCUUCGUUGACAAGAUCUGGUGGGACUGGCAGAAACUAAGCAACGCGCACAAGUUCAAUACAUACUUCCUCACGCAAACUAAGCUAAUGUCAUCCACACCAUAUCGAUCCAAAGCUUUUCUCGAUUUGAAUAACCAACCUGGUUGCGUAUGCGCAGAGUAUGUGAAUCCACGUAAUAAGGCCUACGGACGUAUUAAAGGUUUGUCUCUAGUUACUAGUUAAGCUAGUUUUCCACUUCAAUUGUAUAUUGUACCGUAGCAUAGUGUAUUUCUUUGUUUUCUGACCACUAGAGUGGAACUAUAAUGACUUCGACACAAAAGAAAAUGCUACAAUACGUUACGAUUGAAGUAGAAAACAGUCUUAAGUUUGACAAAAGUAUCGGAACCCAGAAAUUUUUUUCUCUAUAUUUUUUCACAGACUUUUUAAGUUUGAUUGCUAAUUCUAAAAAUUAGACUGAUUUGACGCGCUAGAAGUUAUGUAGUGGAAGACUAGACAUUUAAUAGCAUUCAUUCCAUUCAACAACAUUUGUUUUUUGCUAAAACAUGGAAUUCAGGCCUGUUUCAAAUGCCUCAUUCUCUAGUAUUGUUUCUAAUGCGUUCGGCCAGUGGUGUCAAGUAACGAAGUAAAUGUACUUCGUUACUGUACUUGAAUACUAUUUUUGAGAAGUGAGCAUGUAACAAAGUAAACUUUUUCUGGAGUACUUUUACUUGGAACGAAGUCAUUUUAAGAAGUAACGUUUUACUUCGUUAUUUUCAUUUUGUGGCGAAGUAUUUCGUUACUUUCUAACUUUUGUUUAAUUUUACGAGAUUUAUUUCUGGUUUAUUUUAAUUUCGGGUAAGGUAAUACGAUCUCUAUACAUGCGUCUGAGAUCUGUCGUUUAUGACUUACUUAUAAGAAUUAUUUCUUAUAUCUUCAACGGAGUCUGGAAAGUAGACCAUGCCGUGAAAUAUUUUAUAUUCGGUGCACGCAUAUAAUGCGUGUGCUGUUUUGUGUCUUUUGUAUGUUAAUCCAUUGGAGAAGUUCCCCUCCCCCUCUACACGCUACAGACAAUAGUACUUUUACUUUUACUUUUUACUUCAAGUAGUUUUUAAGGAUACUUUGUACUUUUUACUUAAGUACGUUUUGCUUCCAGUACUUUUUACCUUUACUCAAGUCGUUUCAUUGUUAAUUACUUCUACUUUUACUCGAGUACAAAUUCAAAGUAAUUUAGGCACCACUGCGUUCGGCACAUGAGACUGAAGCGCGACGUUUGAAACAGGAAGUAAAAUUCUAUUGUUGAUAAGAAUUUUUCAUUGACGUUUUAUCUCAUUUAGCCAUGUCAAGUAGUCAACUUAGGAAAAUCCCACGAUUACCACUGCCACCGCUGUCAAAGAAGGCUGCCAAGCUGUUCCGUACUUCUCCAGCAGAAAUCGAACUAGUUACCAGACUUCGCGCAAAGAUCGAACCCAGACGAACUGUGCUCAAGAGCGACCUGGAUGGCGCUAACGCCAAACUUGGCAUCAAGUUGGACGAAGUUGUACCAGGUGAUUAUGUUCAUGUAUUUUCGAAAUAUUUUAUAACUACAGGAUGUCUCAAAUGUGGUCAUUUAGAAUUUACCCCUUUGUUGUAAACACCCAAACUUCAAUACCUCUGGGAGUCUAGAAUGCAUUGUAAUCGCACGAGUAUAUUAGAACUCAUUCUCGUACCCAGAACCCUUCUUACGCGCGGUGCGACGAGGGGCUCUGGCCAAAUCCAUAACCGGAUACCAUAAAAACAUGGUAAGAAAACAAUGUCCGGUGUUAGAACUAGCCAAUCAGAUGCCAGUUCGGAAUAUGGAUUUGGCCAGAGCCCCUCGUCGCACCGCGCGUAAGAAGGGCUCUGGGUACGAGAAUGAUUAAAACUGCAUAAAUUGCACAUGAAUAUUCUAAUUGAAAGUUAAAAUGACUUAGAAAUUAGUCCUGUCAGUUGACUCAGUUCGAUUACAAAUGGUUCAACUGAUUUCAGAGCAAAGAGUUUUUACUGUUUUACUGCGUUAAAUUAAUCAGCACAUAAUCAUAUUCAUAUGUUGAACGAUUCCAUGCAAAAACGUUUAAAUAACUUCCCAUGCAUAAAAUUCGAUCCAAAUGUGUUUACGCGCACCUAUGGGUUCAGUUCAAUUUUAAAAAGACGAACACUGCCCCCCUCCCCAAAGGGGACCUUUGCCCCCCCCCCUGCUGAUAGUCGCAAAACUGUUGCCACGCUGUCGUUUUUCCGUUUCCGGUAAUCGUUCCAUGUUUCGCGCACCAAUAUAGUAAACGUUAUGUAAUGGAUAUUAUAGUGUACUGAAAAGUUAACAGGAUACCUCCAUAUACAUAUAUACACACUCUAACCCUAUCGGCCCUAACCUUAAGCCUAACCCUAACCCCUAAUCCUAACCUAACCCCUAACCCUAAUACCUAACCCCUAACCCUAACUUAUAUUGGUGCGCGAAGCAUGGAACGAUAACCCUGUUUCCACUAAAACAUAACCGUCACGUUUUUAGCCUGUCGCAACUGUCGUCGCACUGCGAAUGUUCAGUUCAAAAACGAUCGAUCUAGUAAGUUCAUUGGCGAAGUAAUUUUUAAAAAAUACGUUGUGUAAGUCGAGAAAAUCAAAGUUAAAGUUUACGUAAAUCAAGGGAAAUCUCUAUCACAUAUAAAGAUACGACACGCUUAUGAUUUUUCUUUGUGUUUUCCUCAUGAAUUAUUAAUGAAUUUUUGAAAUAUUUUCUAACCAAUAUAAUAUCAGUGUUCCGCUGACAUUUUGAGGUUUGCCGAUCCACUUCUCAGAAAUACAGUUCGAGUUAAAUUUGACAAAGGGGAAAUGAAAUUUGUUCGAGUGAGCGAAGAGUUCGAGUCAGGCGAGUCAAUUCCAGUUAAUUAACUGGAGUAAAUUACUGUAAAAAUUGGAUUUAGUUCGAGUUAGCAGGGAGUUCGAGUCAGACCAGUUCGAGUUAACUGGAGUAAAUUACUUUCUCAAAUUCAUUAAUAAUUCAUGAGCAAAUAGACUAAUCAAACACAAGCAUUUUGUCACGUGCAUGAGUUUGGAAACCCCAGUAAAGAUCUCAAUUUUGAAUCAGCAAUUAAGAAAAUAUAGAUAAUAAACGCUUCAGACGAAUAGACUAUUGUCGAUUAAGAAGCUAUUUCAUAAGCUCGUGGCUCGCGUUCCACCAGGGUUUCCAAACCCAUGAGAACAAUGGAAUUCUCUCGACUGCUCAUCAAGCGAUAUUCGUUGCUCCCUUGAAUUUGCAAAACACUCAAGACAAUAAAAACCACUCGUUUUUUCGUUGUCUUUCGUGUUUUACAAAUUCUCAAGAACAAUAAAAAUUGCUUGGUAAACAGCCUCGUGCAUUAGCCUUUCUCGCGCCGCCAUUUUUGGGGUACUGCCUUUUCCAAAUCCGAGAUUGUACGUAGUGAAUAAGGGAUUUGUAUAACUAUAAUUGUGAGUAUAAUCAUUAUAAGUUAAUUUACAGUUAAAUAUUUGAAAAAAUGUUUUCAGAUCGCUCAGAUUUUUCACGGCGUUUUCAGAAAAGUAGCCCAAAAAUGGGGAAUUUCACCUUCGUCAGAAAGGCUAAUUCCAUUGUUCUCGCGUGUUUGGAAACCCUGGUAAAACACUCGCACUCGGUUAUGAAAUAUUACGUAAAAAUUGGGUUAAAUCCAGGAGAAAUUAGAUUUAAUUCCACUUAGCAGGCUGUUCGAGUCUUCUACUGUAUUGUAUAAGCUUACUUGAGUUUUAUUUCAUCAUUUUGUUGUUCGUGACGCAGAUUCCAAAGACAGCCGAGGAGCUUCUGAUGAGGAACAACUGAAUGAAUCCGAAGAAGAACUUUCUCAAGUAUAA